AUGGUCGACUUGAUGUUGCCUGAGUUGACUCUGCAAGCGCAAUCGUCGGUGCUGGGAGUCACCAUCCUCACAUCCACCAUCAAGAAGGCGUUGUGCGCCGGUGGUGACGUCGCUGCCUGCGCCGAAUCCAUCGUCGACGGCAACCCUGGCUACGGGGCUGACUUCUUCCAGAAGGAAUACAACUUGAACUACUUGAUCUCCACCUUCCCCAAGCCUUACGUUUCCCUUAUGGACGGGAUCACCAUGGGUGGUGGCUGCGGUAUCUCGUUACACGCUCCUUUCCGUGUCGCUACCGAAAAGACUAAGCUUGCCAUGCCCGAAAUGGACAUUGGUUUCUUUCCCGACGUCGGUACCACCUUCUUCUUGCCCAAGUUGGACGACAAGCUUGGUUACUACUACGCCCUUACCGGUUCGGUCAUGUCCGGUGUUGACGCUUACCUCGCUGGUUUCGCCACCCACUUUGUUCCCCUGGACCAAAUCGAUGCCUUGAUCAACCGUUUGGCUAACUUGCAACCGCCCAAGAUCAACGGCCAAGCCACCGCCGGCAUGGAUGUCAUCUACAACAACCUGGAAUACUUUGCUCAAGUCAACCAAGUGCUUGAAGAAUUCUCGGUCAACCAAUUGCCCGAAGGCGCCAAGUUCCCCUUCACUGGCGAUGAACUUGCCACCAUCAACGCCGCUUUCUCGCAAAAGCUGAUUGAAUCCGUGUUUGAAUACCUCGAAAAGCAAGGCAGCCCCUUCGCCGCCAAGUUGUUGGACACCUUGAAGAAGAAACCCACUUCGUCGCUCAAGGUUGCCUUUGAACUUUUGAAGCGUGGUUCUACCAACACCAUCCGCAAGCAAUUGGAACAAGAAAUGAUUGCUGCCACCAACAUCCAAUGCAUCCCCGUCGAAGACAACGACUUUGUCAAGGGUGUCUCGCACAAGUUGAUCAAGAAGAUCAAGGAACCGUUCUUCCCCGAAUGGACCGCGGCCUCGAAGAUUGAUGAUGCGUUCGUGCAAAAGGUGGUCACUCCCUCGAUCAACACCACCAAGUACUUGAGAGAACCCCUCUUAAACAAGUACUUCGGCAUUGAUUUCAAGCAAUACCCCUUCCACAUGGGUUUGCCCACCAACCAACAGAUCGCUGAAUUCAUUGCUGGUGCCGAUGGCUCCAACCGUCUGUACUUGCCCACCCCCAAGGAAGUGGUGGCCCACUUUGACAAGAAGACCAACCACAAGGCCGGUGUGGCUGAAAAGGUGACCGCGGCUCUUGCUGUCCACGGUGAUGCUAGUAAGUAUGACGGCAAGUAUGUUUCGUGGAGAAACUAA